CUGUGUUGUGUCUGAAGGUACCGUCCGGCUUCGUUUGCUUUAUGUUCACCUCGACAUCACCAACGUAUAACGCUGACGGGUCAAACUGAUUUUAUUCUGUUCAUAGAACGGUUUGAGUUGUUAAGGGCUCUUAAAGGCCUGCAGUGCUCAGGGACACCCACAGCUCCAUCAGUGCUCACAGCCCCAUCCCCUGACCAUGGGUGCCUGCAGGGAUGGGGCACCUCCACCUCUCUGUGCACCCUGUGCAUCACUGCCCUCAGUGUAAGAAGGAAACACAACCAGACACAACUCGGCUCUCACAUCACACCCCGGAGCCGCUGCCCGGUGACGUCUGCGCCGGCCAAUCGGUGCCGAGGGGGCGGAGGGGCCGUUUGGCCGGUGAGCGGCACCCACCGCAUCCAGUCAGCUGGCGGCGUGCCUCGGGGGCGGGCGCAAGGAGACCGGUAGGAAGCGCGGGGCCGGGCCCGGUACCGGUGGCUGAGUGCGGAGAGCGGGGCCGUUCUGGUGUUAACCCCUGCUGGGGCACUUGUAUCGCGGCUGUUUCGUCUCCCUGUGUCGCUGCGGUAAGCAGGGCUUUCUUUGCUGUCUAUACGAAGCGUGGCCUGUCCCGGCCCCAAUCCACAGCCCGGAGCUGAGAGAAGGAGCCGUUGGCCGCCGCUGAAGCGCGGUGUCCCGGGGCGGAUCGCUGAGUGUGAACGGCCGUACCGGGCAGUUCAUUGGGGCAGCGCUCCGGGGCGGCUGCUGAGUGUACAGCCAGUGGGGGCGGCUCCGCAGAAGCUCGCAGCGAGCAGAAGCGAAACUGCCCGUGUAAGCAUCGCUUUCGGUUCCCGGGAGGAACGCGGCCAUGGCUGCAGUCAUGGAGGAGCAGACCCAGCUGUGCGGUAACUGCAAAAAGGAUAUUCCUGCUGCUAACUUCACCAUUCAUGAAAUCCACUGCAGAAGAAAUCUUGAAGUUUGCCGUUACUGCAAUGAGUCUGUCCCAAAGUCUGAGAUGAAGAACCACAUCGAAUCUGAACACGUGCAGGUUACCUGCAAGUGCAGUAUGAAGGUUGAAAAAAGCCUCUUGGAGGAGCACGAGACAUCAGCGUGCCCUUUGCGUCCUGCAGUCUGCCAGCAUUGUGACAUCCAGCUUACUUUCAAUAAGCUUCAGGAUCAUGAAAGUUACUGUGGAGCUAGGACUGAGAUGUGUAGUGGUUGUGGCCUUAACGUAAUGGUAAAAGAUCUAAAAGAGCAUCCCCAAGUCUGUGGGAAAGAGGUGAAGCGAGUAAGCAAAACAGUGCCUCGCUUUGAGGCAGAGGAUGCAGGUUUGCAUGCCCUUCGAGACAUUAGAAACCAGUUAAGAUCAGAUAACUGUGCUGUGCCUUUGUGGAGAAUGCCCAGGGCACUAGAAAGGCAGAUCUAUAGCGACUCUGUAGGAGACAAAACACUUAAGGACAUUAGAAGAAGAAAUGUUUCAAGAACACAGAGAAAUCAAAAUCAAGAGUAUGGACUGGAGCAGCUGGAGAGAAAUAAAAACACUAACUCACUUUAUGAAGAGCAGAAUGCCAAUUUAGACCACAUGUUGGCUCUUAGCCUUCAGAAUGAGAAUAAUCCUCGCAAUAAUUCUGCGGCAGAGAUUCACAGGGACGUCUGGGAAAACCACUAUGCCAAAGAAUCUGUGCCAUCUUCCUGCCCCAAUGAAACAGACAACUCAAAUACCUUUCCUUAUGACUCUUUAUUGUCUUUGAACACUUCAAACCACUUGAAACGUGAUGAGAUCAUGUUGCCGUGUGAGUUUUGUGAGGAGCUGUACCCUGCUGAAGAUCUGAUUCUUCAUCAGACAGGUUGUAACCCAGCAAGUGCCUUUGCUUCCUUCAGUAAAAGGAGUUCUCUGGAUCCACAAAAAUAUGAUGAUCUGCAUAAUAUUGGGUACAACAGCUAUAGGUCUGAUUAUUCAUCCCGGUACCAAGCUGUCCAGGAAGAAGGAAACAUUAUCAUUCCCUGUGAAUUUUGUGGCAUCCAACUUGAAGAGGAGAUACUUUUUCAUCAUCAGGAUCAAUGUGACUUGCGCCCAGCCAACCCAGCAGACAACUUUGCAUCACAGCAGCCACCAUCUCCUCAAAACAACAGAGAGAGAAGAGAAUCACCAGAGCUGGCUCGGAGACGAAUCAGGCAUCAAGGAGAUGUUUCUUCUCAGUGCUUAGAAGGCUUCAGGCAGCAGAGGCUCAAUAAUCCUACAGGAGGGAACAAGGCAUUGAGUAAUGCAGCAAAUGCCAGGAGUGCACCACUGACCUCUUCUGGCACUGGGAGAACUAGUGAUGCCCCGAACUCGAGAGGGAAGCCGAGGAAGGUGGCUGGUAAUGAGGGAAGGCUGAAGAACAGAGGUGCGGGUGAACCUGCUGUUGGGGCAAUAGCACGUGUAAGACCUAUUCAGAACCUUCAUUCAGAAACCUUCUCAUCCAGCUCGUCCAGGACUUCUCCAGCCCAGCCAAGCAUCAGAAGUGAAGGAGGAAGGAAGCCAGAGAUGUCAGAUGUUCCAGUUGGCUUCAGGAGCAGGAAGGUGAAGGCAAAGCCCCGGAGCCCUGAAUCUGGGUAUCCAGAAGAAGAGUGAUCUACCACACAUGAAAAUGUUACCUAGCACUCUACGCACUCUACUAUGCACUAUAGUACUUACUUAUCUGAACGCAAGUAAUUGCUAUAUUGCCAUAUCAUUGAAAACUUUGUAUGAACUUAAAUUUUUAUGGGCAGUGAUCGUUUUAUAUAUGUAUUUUUUAAUUUGUGAGCGUAUACUACAGGUUUUUACUUCUGUGACCAACACUAGCGAUGUUCUAAGAUAUGCAUUUGCUAGUACACUUCUACUUAGGGAACAUCAUUCUGUUUCCAUACUAGCUUUUUGCAGCACCCACUGAAGAGAAUUUAUUUUGUCAUACUCAUCUCUAGGUAUGUUUCCUGCUUGCUCAGUGCUAGUUAUCCUGAAGGUAGCAAUGCUAUGAGGAUAUGCAAAGCAAGCUCUCAGCCAGGACUAGGUGAGGGAUGUGGGGCAGUAGCUUGUCAGAGCCCUCUGUGCAAUUCUCUGUGCUGGUGCAUGGGGAAACACCCAGUGCUGUGAGGGGGGCUGGUCUGUGGCAUAUUGAAUCUAGCCCUUUGGAGUAGUGAACAGCUGAAUAGAGAGGGACAGGGAGCUACACUGCUACCUCACAGUUUCCUGUUGUACACGAGCAGCUCUGGAUGGUCCCUGUGGCACAUAAGGCAGCUGCACGUCCCAGUUUGUUACCUGAAAGGCUUAGGGCAUCAUGACUUCUAUAGAGGAUGAGCUCUAAUCCUGGGACUGUAUGGUAAAAUGCUUUUUAAUGCUGUAUUAAUUGAUGCUUUUUAGAACUCCUUGUAAUAAAUUUGUCUAAUGAUGUCCUGAAA